AUGAAGAAGAAAGAAGUGGGUGCAGUACAAUAUAGCGUAUGUGAAGAAUGUGGUGACAUCGGUUACCGGACCGAGAAUUGUCAAGCCACCGCGGAUGUGAAUCAAGUGUAUGGAGGCCGGAGGCAAUACGAUAUGAACUCCAACACUUACCACCCCGGGUUGAGGAACCAUCCUAACUUUAGGUAUGGUAAUGCUUCCAACCAAAUGAACCCGAAUUUUCCGUCGGGAAAUCAAGGUGGGUCUUCACACCAAAAUCGCCAAAGCGGUAACCAAGGGUACCAAGGUCCUGAUAACAACUACCAAAGUGGGUACCAAAGGAAUUACAACAACCAAGGCUGUAAUGGAAGUGGGUCGAACAAUCAAGGGGGUGGAAGUGAUUUGAAUGCAAAGAUGGACACAAUGCUUUCAAUGAUGCAAGAGUCCAACAAAGAGAAUGAGAUUCGGGACAAAUCGCAUGAAGCAUUGGCAAAGCAAGUGGGCCAACUUGCGGAAGAAGUGGCUCAAAGGAGGGGAAGCAUGGGGAAGCUUCCAAGUGACACCACAAUGAACCCGAAGCAUCAAAGCUCAAGCACGGACAAUGUGAGGAAUGUACACAUUAGCGCGGUAAGUCUUCUUCCAAAUGAUGAAAAUUGUAGUGUUCAAAGCAUUCCACCACCACAAUUCGUUGAUGGUGUAGUGGAAGAUAUAAGUAAUGAACCGGAAAGCGAAAAUGAACAAGAAAUGAUUUCACAUACUAAAACUAAAAAUGUUCCGACUCUUGUGGAAUGCUUAAAGGAGUUAAGCAACAAAAAACGACACAACAAAUUACCCAAACUGGUUGAUUUGAUAUCUCAUGUUAGUGUCGUUUUAUCGAGUGCCCUUCCCCAAAAAGCUCAAGAUCCAGGAGAUCCUCUUAUUCUAAUUCAAAUUGGAACAUUCAAAAUUGAGAGAGCACUCCAAGAUCUUGGAGCUUGUGUGAGCAUCUUGCCCGGGAGUUUUUAUGACCAAUAUGAUUUUGGUCCAUUGAAAAAGUUUGAUACUCCCGUGGUAUUGGCCGAUUAG